AUGGCUCAGAUAAUCCAACAACCCAUAUUAGAUCAAUCACUAAUAAAAGAUUUAUCAAACCACAUAUAUGAGAAGCGUAAAGCUACAGCAUUUCAGAUAGAAUCAAUAACCAAAACAGCACUUUCUAGAAAUGAUAGUCAAACAAUUUAUAGAAUAAUAAAUGAAUUGUCACAAAUUACAACAAGUAGUAGUUCAAAUAGUGCUAAAAUGGGUGCAGUUACUGCUUUAGGUAGCGUAUCAGUUGCACUUGGAUCAUUUGCAAUUGCAUAUUUUUUAGAAGAUAUAUUAAGACCAAUAUUUGCAACUUUCAAAGAUAGUGAUGCAAGAGUACGUUAUUAUGCAACUGAAGCACUUUAUAAUGUUGCCAAAAUUUCAAGAGGAGAAAUAUUACCAUUUUUCCCACAAAUAUUUGAUAUUAUAGCUAUAUUGGUUAGUGAUGCAGAAAGUAGUGUUAAAAAUGCAGCUGAUAUUUUGGAUAGAUUAAUUAAAGAUAUAAUAAGCGCUAAAGCUACGAACUACGUUAGUAUAUUACAACAACAGCAACAACUUGAACAACAAGGAAACAAUGACAUACAGAGCAGUUUAAUUGAUGCACAAGGUAAUGCAAUUCAAAUUAAUCAUCCACAAGAUCCAACAAAAGCAUUUCAAUUACCAAAAUUCAUUCCAACUUUAUUAGAGAGGAUGUAUACAAUUGAUCCAUUUACCAAAAAAUUUUUACUUAGUUGGUUGGAAUUGUUUGAUGAUAUACCAAAUUUGGAAUUGAUUAGUUUUUUACCAAGUUUUUUAAAACCUUUAAUUAAUUUUAUACUAAAUGGUGCACCAAAUGAUAUCAAACUAGAAACGCAAAAUAUUCUAAAUUCUUUUUUAAAAGAAAUAAAAGGUAUAUCUAAAGUUAAAAUUGAAAUUAAAAAGAAAAGAAUUGAACAAGAAAAAGAAAAAGCAGAAAAGGCAAAACAGAAAAAAUUAAAAGAAGCAGAAGAAGCUGACAAAUUGGAAAAAGAAGACAAAAUCAAGCAGGAAAAUGAGAGUAGAACAAAUGAUAAAAUUGCUAAAUUUGAGAAUAUUGAAGGUACGAAAAAUGAAAAUAAUGACAAGGAGAAUAAUGGUAAAGUUAGAACUACAUCUCAAUCAGAGGAACCAACAAAGACUUUGGAAAAAGAUGAUGCUGCUAGUAUUAAAUCCGACGAUACAACAAUAAUCAGAAAAAAACAAGAUACUCAAACUGAAGAAUUACUACUAGAAGAAGAGGUGGAUGAGCCAGAAGAAGUUUAUUUUGGUCAAGAUAUUUUCAUUGAUUAUCUGAAAAUUAUAAAGAUUCUAUUAUCCUUCUUGCAGUCUUUUGAAGGUCAAGAACUAAAUGCUAAGACUGAUUUACUAACAGAUUCCCAUGAAACAAUUUGUGAUGUACAAUUUAUCGUUUUAAAAUGGUUACAAGAAUUGAUUGAAAUCGCACCACAAGAAAUAUUAAACUCAAUACCCGACUGCGUUUUUAUAAUCCUAAAGAAUAUAUCAAUAACUGAUCAACAACAGGACUAUGAAUUAAGAGAUCAAUUAAUAAAUUUUAGUUAUAGUCUACAAGCAUUUUUGAAUAAGAUAUAUGAUGAUAUUGCAUUUUUUGAGUUGUAUGGAUUAACACAAGAUAGUAUAACACAAUUCAAUGAAAUUCAAUUACCAAGUACUUUAUCAAAAAUUAUCAAUGAAUACCUUAAUCCAUCUGUUGAUAAUGAGCUUUCAAAAAUUACAUCACUAGAGUGGUUAAUAUUCAUUUAUGAUAGAAACUCUACAGAAUUUCUAAAAUUUUUCAAAUCACAAGAGAAUAACUUUGAAUUAACCGAUUUAUUGAAAUAUGAUACAAGUAACGAAGUUAUAUUGAAAGUGUUGAAAUUAUUAGGUAAAAUUUCAGAAUCAAAUCAAGAAUUUUUCAAAGAUUUCAUUAUAAAAUUAAUUAAAUUAUUUAAAAUUGAAGGUCAUGAAAAAUCAAUGAAAGUAGAAUUUAUUAUUAGAAAACUUUGCCUUACUUUAAAUUCAGAGAUUAUUUUCACUACAUUAUCUGAUGUAUUACAACAACAAUACCAGAAAAUUCUGAAACCGUCACAAGAUCAACAACUUCAAAAGUAUCAAACAGCCAAUGAUUUAGAAUUCUCAAAUAUGAUGAUUGUAACACUUAAUAACAUUUUGCUAACGUCUAGUGAGUUAUUGCCAUUCAGAAAAAAAUUAAAGAAUUUAGAUAUUAUGUCACUGGAAGAUUGGUCACUUUUUGCAACAUUAUUUCAAAGUUGGUGCUUUAAUGCCCCCAGUGCAAUAGCAUUAUGUUUAUUAACUUCAAAUUAUGAAUUAUCCUACUUAAUAAUUAAAAAUUUAUCAGAAUUGGAGGUGACAUCACAAUUGUUGACUCAAUUAGACGUCUUAAUUCAAUUGUUGGAGCUGCCAAUAUUUGUUAAGCUAAGAUUACAAUUACUUGAACCAGAAAAUUAUCCAUUUUUAUACAAAACUUUAUAUGGAAUAUUAAUGAUCUUACCACAAUCUAGUACAUUCAUGUCAUUAAGAAAUAGGUUAACAACUAUUAAUUUUUAUCAUGGUCAAGGUUCUGGUGGUUCUUUAUCAAAUUUCAAUUUAGGUAGUACCACGAAUACACCAACUCAUCAAAAUUCAGUAAGUGGUGGAGCAGCAGGUAUAAAAGGAAGUGUUACGAAUCAAUUAUCUUUAAGAAGGAAAAGAACUUAUGAAAUGUUGGAAAAAUUCAUAAAUGUUCAGAACAAUUACGAACAAAAUCAUCAUCAUCAUCAAUAA